AUGAAAUUUCACUGGUCACCCAUCUGCAUCGCUGGUGCGAUCGCAUCGGCUCUCCCUUAUGCCUCUUCUCACGAACUCCAUCUACCUUAUCUCCCUACCCUGGAGCCAGAAAAUCCAGUCGAAACCUAUAUGCCAGCAAAAUUGACCAUCAUACAGUCCAUCAAAUGGGCCAUUCAAAAUGGCUCGCUUUAUGCCAACAAUGACCAGGUCUUCCCACCAGCCAUGUCAAUGCAGCUACAUGCGCCCUUAUAUGAAACCCAUCGCAAUAUUCCCAUUGAGCAAGAGGAUAUCCAGGUUUCCUAUUCAGUCAAAGCCCGUUUCAUUCCCGCCGGUGACAAUGGCUCAAAGAAUAAGAUUCUUCGCAUUCACGUCGAACUGCUCGACCGGGAAGGCCGCCCUGUCACUCCACACUCGGUAUCUCUCGAUCUGCUUGAUCACCCCGAUGGUACUCAUCGUAUCACUCGCAUUCGACUAGACUCACCCCGUGGCUCUCGCAGGCCGAGACCAUGGCAGAUGAAGUUCUGGCAAUCUCAAGUCAACACCCUCUUCAACCAAAAUAACAAGCCAGGAUUGUCCGCCUCCGACCAAUCUACAGAGCCAAAAGCCAAACCAACUCAUUCUCAAGAAGCCACCAAGUUGACUUCUGAAAAAGCACCCGAAUCCACACCUAUACUGUCUAAACCUGAAACAGAAAGUGAAUCUCAAAACCAAGUUGGGUAUAUCUUCUCUCCUUACUGGUCACCAUCCACCUAUAUCGCCCCCUCCGAUGGACGUGGCCACCGCGGACACCGUCGUCCCCACGGUCACCACCAAAACGACUCUUUCAUGCGUCUUGUGCGCCCCGUCAUUCUGCCCGCAAUGCUAGGAGUCGGGGCCGGCUUGAUCGCUUGCCUGGUCGGUUUCUGCGUCGGCCACGUCAUUAUGUCCGUCUCUGUUCGCCUGGGCCUGUGCAAGAAGCGUUCCGAUCGUCGAUUAUCCUCCCGAUCCAUCCCAGCUUGCCUUGAGGAGGGAAUUCUUUCUGAGAAGGCCCAGCUCAUGGUUCCAGAGAUCCAUCUUACGCAACCCGAUGUAUAG